AUGGACAACAUCGACGAGGAAUAUGACUGGCUCGUUGAACAUCUUCACGACUGCACGAAGAAGGCUGAGAGUUCUAAAACCACCAAGAGAUGCCUGUCUCUUGGAAUUCUUGGGCUGAUACGCCAGCAUGGAGCAGUACGAGCCGCAGGGAAACAAGAACUCUCGUACGAGUUCGCAAGGCUUUGCAGAGAGGCGAUAGAGGAGGACCUUAAAGAGAGAAGGGCAGAAGUGCUGGCUGAAGCUGCAGAGGCGGGGAAAAGCAUCCACUAUGCCCGUCGAGACUUCGCCAGUCGCAAGACAAGGACGACUGCUCUCCGGAACCCGAAGGGAACAACCAUUGCAUCGAGGAGGAUGGAGAAAAUUAUCUACGACUUCUACUCUGAUCUCUUCGACAGCCAUGUCCACUAG